UAUCAAGUCGUUGGAGUAGCUCCGCUCUGGAGGAGGUGCUGUGAUAAACCCAAUCGGAGGGCUAGAGAGCGCGAGAAGGACAGGAGGGCUGUGCACACGUCUUCCGCCCUGGGCCCGGAAGGGUGAUGUGGCUAGGCCAGCGCUGGCCUCACUAUGUCUGCCAUUUUCAAUUUUCAGAGUUUGUUGAGUGUAAUCUUGCUGCUUAUAUGUACCUGUGCUUAUAUACGAUCCCUGGCACCCAGCAUCCUGGACAAAAACAAAACUGGACUAUUGGGAAUAUUUUGGAAGUGUGCCAGAAUUGGUGAACGAAAGAGUCCUUAUGUUGCAAUAUGCUGUGUCGUGAUGGCCUUCAGCAUCCUCUUCAUACAGUAGCUCGGGGAAAUGCCAGAGUUCGAUUGCUGUGGAUUUCAGUGUGAACAAGGACCUGCUUGCAGAAAAUAAUGGAAAGCAGUGCUAGCCCUAUUAUCUCUGAACACUGAGGGAGAUAAAUUUCCAGAUGCUGUUCUCUAUUUUUAUGUUACUGGACCAAUGUUCUAUAUAAGUAAUUAAGAUGUAAGCAUUUAUACGGAAAGAAUUCAGUAGUCUUUAGCAAUUAACCUCAACACUGUCACUACAAUGUUACAUUCUGCAAAUGUUAUUGUGUCAUGUCAGAUACCAGUUUUAGUAAGGUAUCUUUAAGCAACAAAAUCAGUAAAUUACUCGAGUUCC